AUGUGGCCCUCCUUUCUAACCAACCAGGGCAAGACUUCCCGCUCCGUCUCCCCCUCCAUCUCGGACGACAAAGGCCCCCUGUCCUUAGACAUUACACCGGACGACUUCGAGACCGACCACGUACCGAGGAAGCACAAAGUGCAUACAAUGGGACCGACUUCCCGCAACGAUUCCUUCAUGACCUACGGCCUAUCCGCCGAAGACGACUCCAACCUCGACAUCCUGGCUGCGCAAUUGACUUUACAAGCCCACGAAGCCAAGGCUUUGGCCGCGGCGUCCGCCGCGUACCUCAAGGCCCCACGUCCCUUGUUGAGCACCCCCUGUCGCAGGGGAAGCUGGCGCGAGACGAGUUUGUAUAGCGGGGAUGUGAAACAUGCCCCCAAGCGCAGUUAUUUUGGAAAGGACUUGGAGCAGGGCGGGAAGAAAAUGGGCAGUCUGGCCGCGCACCUGGGCCUGUGGAGCAAGGAUGGGAGCGGUGCGCUCGAGAUGAACGGGAAGAGUCCUCCCCACGGCCUGGAGAUGUUGAGUCAAGUGAGUGGGAUCCAACAGACACCGAUCCAAACCAUCACCUACAUGAAGGACGGAAGCAAGCGCGUGGACGACCUGGGCCUGAAAGACGUGCUUCGGUACAUUCAAAGCGCAGUGCGGAGCGUGCACGCCAAGGAACAGGAGAUGUUUGCCCUGCAACGGGGGGAGAGCCUGGCGUCUUCCACGUCUGCCUACACCCCCUCCAUCACGACCUCGCCCGCUUCCUCCGCCCCCCCGGCCCUUUACUUUGCCCGUGGGCACGACUUUCCCAACGGUCACGAGCAUGCCCAGCCUGCUCCUGCUCCUGGGAAAAACGCUUGGGGGAGUGGGAGCAGCAACUCGGUUCCUUAUACGGUUCCACCGCCCUACGGAGAAGCUCGCGCGCGGAGUGCGGAAGAAUUGCGAUUCCGUUCCGAUCCUUCCCAUACCAUGGACACCGGAGGCUUGCACCGGACCGCCACGGGGCGGGCGAGACGCUCUUCGCAGCGGUUGCCGCCCGAGGGUCCCUUCCCUCGCUGUACCCCGACCUCGUAC